CAGGAAGUAUUCUGCAGCAAAAAACAAUUCCUCUUUUGUUGUAUUGUAAAGUGCUUUAGUAGAGAGUAUACCACUGUCUCACUGUAAAGUUAAUGUCUUCUGUGAUGGUUAGGUGCCACAAAAAGAGGAAUGCACGAGAUAGUUGAGAAACUUGAUAGUCUCUUAUGUCAUAUGGAUCAUGCAGUGUGGAUCUCAUCAAUUCAGAGAGUUAACUAACUAAUGGUGGUUUUGUAGCCAGCAAUCAGCUGUCAGGUUUGCUAACUAGGUACAUUUGAGUUGCAAUGAUGGUUAUUUACAGUGCCUCAAGCUAUGUUCUCUUAGGUUUGGCAAACCUAAUCAUCAUGUCUGCAUGUAUGGACUAUUGUGAUACUAUUGAAAGCUGUCAAAGUCAUGAUGACACUGUGUCAGACAGACACCACUACAUUCAUGCUUUCAACUUCAACAAGAGUGUGGAGAAACACUUGCACGAUUUUGACCACUUCAAACUGUCAUGUAAAAAGCUAAUAGAAGCCUUCCCCCUUGAUCAAGUGGAUGGCAUCUUUGUUCGCUCUGUGAAGAACUGCAUUUUUUUCAGAGUCUGACCCAACCCCACUCAAAGGCCCUCUGAGACUUGUGGCUGUUUCUAAGGAGGUAAUUGAGGGAAUGUUGGAUCUAGAUGUUGCUGUGUCCCAGUCAGAGAAUUUCCUACAGUACUUCAGUGGUGGUAGACUUUUUCCUGGAUCCAGCCCUCUGACACACAGAUAUGGGGGUCACCAGUUUGGGUACUGGGCAGGUCAGUUAGGAGAUGGUCGACCACAUCUCCUUGGUGAAUAUACUAGCAGAAAGGGUGAAAGAUGGGAACUCCAGCUCAAAGGCUCUGGAAAGACUCCAUAUUCAAGGUCAGGAGAUGGCCGUGCUGUGGUCCGCUCCUCAGUCAGAGAGUUCCUCUGCAGUGAGGCCAUGCACUUCCUGGGUGUUCCUACCAGCAGAGCUGCCAGCCUUAUUGUAAGUGAAGAGGCAGUGUGGAGGGACCAGUUCUACAAUGGGGAAGUAAAGAAGGAGAGAGGAGCGGUUGUUCUGCGGCUGGCCACGUCAUGGUUCCGGAUUGGAUCAUUGGAGAUUCUGGCUAAAGCUGAAGAGCUUGAUCUUUUAAGGAAAUUGUUGGACUUUGUGAUACAGGAGCAUUUUCCUUCCAUUGAUUCAAAUGAUCCAGACAAAUAUUUGAUAUUUUACUCCAGGGUUGUGAAUGAGACCGCUCACCUCAUUGCCCAGUGGAUGUCUAUUGGCUUUGCACAUGGAGUAUGCAACACUGACAACUUCAGCCUCUUGUCUAUCACCAUUGACUACGGACCGUUUGGCUUUAUGGAAGCCUACAACCCAAAUUUUGUCCCCAACACAUCUGAUGGGGAGAGGAGGUACAGUAUCGGGGCUCAGGCCAAUGUUGGUCUGUUCAACCUGGAGAAACUUCUAGAAGCCCUAACUCCAGUGCUGACCCUAGAACAGAGGCAAGGGGCUGGGCAAGUACUGAAAGGGUACCCACAUAUAUACCAGAUGAGAUUUCACAAGCUGUUUAAGGCUAAGUUAGAUUUACUUGGCGAGGAGGAGGAGGAUGAAUAUCUCAUUGCAUUUCUGCUCAAGCUAAUGGAGGACACAGGUGCAGACUUCACCAUGACCUUCAGACAGCUGAGUGAAGCCUCAAUGCAGCAACUUCACAACAUGUCCAACUUACAGGUGAUGUGGGCCCUGCAGAACCUGGCUUCCCAUAAGCUGUACCCAGAGUGGGUCAGCAUGUACCUGCAUAGACUAAAAAGGCAGGGAGGUGAUUCUGAUGAGGAUCGUCAACACAGGAUGAAAAGGAUCAAUCCCAGAUACGUGCUGCGGAACUGGAUGGCAGAGUCUGCAGUACGGAAGGCUGAGGGGAAUGAUUUCUCUGAGGUGAAGCUGCUGCAGCAGACACUGGUACAACCCUACCUCACACAGGACGUAGCAGAGGAGGCGGGGUAUGCAGCACAACCCCCAUGGUGGGCCCAGGGGUUAAAGGUCAGCUGUUCCUCCUGAGUGACGCCUCUGCCUCAAUGACAGGACUCAUAUUUGCAGUGUAUUCAGAAUGUGUUCACUGCAAAACAUUUCUCUUGAACACCUCAUUUGGGAUAACCAGUUUCUGCAUUGUAAAGCAUCUGAUGUUUGACUUUUCACAAUUAUCUUCCUAGCUAUAGUGGUGGAAUUAUUCUGGAACUAUACAUUUAGUUCAGUACUUUGCACAAAAAACAUUCACGCAACUGUUGGAUGACCAGAACCCUGAUUGCUGACCUCAUGUAAUUCAAGGAAAGGGCACAGAUGCAAUUUUGGAAACACUCAUAUCAUGUAAUGAAAUUGAAUUUAUAAUACAGAAUCAUGCUGAGCAACAUUACCCUUUCAUGUUUUAGAAAACAACAUUCUCCCUCACCUCCAAGACACAUUCAAACAGUAAUACUCUAGCCUAGAGGAAAUGCUCCCACUUUUCAACCUCAUUCAUCCAGCACCAUACCAGUCUACAUGUAUGAAAAUGGCAUGUUUCUACACACCCGUUCAAAAGUUUGGGGUCACUUUGAAAUUUCCUUGUUUUUCGAAAAAAAAAAAAGCAAUGUUUU